GUGGGAAAGCGCUGUCAAACCAGAUAAUUCCAGGGAAGGAUAAAGCAUCUUUUCUACUUCCUUUUAUUCUUAUAAUCACCAGUCAUAGUGCCAGGUCUAUACAGGCACUUGCAAAUAAAGUUGGACUUGAUUUACAAGCGUUUAAGGUUUACCAAAGGAAACUGCUGGGUUCUCGCUUUAUUGGCCAGAAGUAAGAAGGCAUAGAUACAGAAAAUCUAUUAAAACUAUGGAGCUAGCGACUGUGUAACGUAACAGAGCAGCUGUCUGAAUGGAUUUUUGCGUGCGUGUUAAUGUCUAGCUAGAUGGCGCCAAUAGCCCCCUUCACUUCUAAGUACUCGGUUGUUCCUUUUGCUCUCGUCCCCCGCGUCCCAAAUUACCAAUAAAUAAAAGGAAACCUCGUGAUUUGCUGUAAUGGUCCCGAGUCUCCCCGGACCACACACACACACACACACAGCUCCCUGUCAGGAACAAUCUGUAGGAGGAAGAAUGUGACCAGCAGCAGAACGUCUGCGGCAACUUCGCCACGCGUCGCAUUGAGCCGGAUUGCAGCCCCAGGCGUGAUGCGGCGCCGCGCCCGCCGUGGCCGCCCCGCCUGCCCUGCCCCGGGGCUCGGUUACCGCUGUCACCGCUGGAAACCGGGCGCCUCGCUCAGUCUCGUCCGGCAGCGCGGCGCCCGGCGGCUCGCGCGCAGGACGCAGCCAGUGGCAGUCCCCCGCCCCCCGUCGCGCCGGUUUGCUGGCCGCAAGCCGCCCGAUUGCCAGCCUCUCGGGGGUGGGACGCGCCCCCCCUCAAGCAGAACUGGAUGAAUGAAGCCCCGGGGCCCCGCCUCCUCUGCCUUAUAGCUCGGCGGCUGGUCCCUUCUGCCCACUGAGCCGGAGCUCCCCGCCAUGGGCUGGGGCAGCGCGGCCGUGGCUGGGCUGCUGCUGCGGCUCCGCUCCCGCGCCAAGCCGGCGGCAUGACGCCCCCUCAGCUCUGUGUGUGGGGCCGCUACAACCACACCGCCCCCAGGCCGUGGGGCGGCGCCGCGCGGGGGGCCGGCAACGGCACGGCGCGCCCCGCGGCGGGGUGCGGCUCGGUCUCGGUGGCGUUCCCCUUGAGCAUGAUGCUGACGGGCACGGUGGGCAAUGCCCUGGCCAUGCUGCUGGUGUACCGCGCCUGCCAGAAGACGGAGAACACGCGGAAGAAGUCCUUCCUGCUGUGCAUCGGCUCCCUGGCGCUGACCGACCUCACCGGCCAGCUCCUCACCAGCCCCGUGGUCAUCGCCGUGUAUCAGGCCAACAGGAACUGGCAGGAGUUGGACCCCUCGGGCAACCUGUGCACCUUCUUUGGGUUCUGCAUGACCGUCUUCGGCCUCUGCCCCCUCUUCAUCGCCAGUGCCAUGGCUGUAGAAAGGACCCUGGCCAUCAGAGCGCCUCACUGGUACGCCAGCCACAUGCGAACCAGGGUGACCAAGACUGUCUUGCUCAGCAUCUGGCUGGCAGUGUUUGUCUUUGCCCUCCUGCCCAUAGCUGGCUUAGGGCAGUACACCCUGCAGUGGCCAGGCACCUGGUGUUUCAUCCACGCCAGGGACAACCCCGUUGCGGGCAACACCUUCUUCGCUUCAGCCUUUGCCUUUCUGGGACUUUGCUCUCUGAUUGUCACCAUGGCAUGUAACUUGGCCACGAUCAAAGCUUUAGUGGCUCGGUGCAGGACCAAACCCUCAGCAUCUCAGUCCAGCAAGCAGUGGGGGAGAAUCACCAUGGAAACACUGGUCCAGCUGUUGGGGAUCAUGUGUGUUCUCUUUGCUUGUUGGUCACCCCUGUUGAUUAUGAUGUUGAAAAUGAUCUUCAGUCACACAUCGGUUGAACACUGCAAGCCAUCUGACAACACAGUUCAAAGCAUAGAACUGCAGAAAGAAUGUAAUUUCUUCUUGACGGCUAUCCGCUUGGCCUCACUAAACCAGAUCUUGGACCCCUGGGUUUAUCUGCUAUUAAGAAAAAUUCUCCUCCGAAAGUUUUGUCAGGUAGCAAAUGCUAUCUCCAGUUGUUCUAAUAAUGGAUGGAAAGGGCGACCUAUCACAUUAACAGAUGAAAUCAGACAAACAGCAGCAUGAAAGAAUAUUGAUACACCUUGCAUACAAACUACUUUUGACAAGUAGUCUUAAGCCUUACUGUGAAUUUGGGCAUCUGUGGCAUGCCGGUCUCCACAUAACUAACUGCAGCAUAGUAGUACUUUUGAAUGGACUUAGACUGCCAGAUAAUUACGUAUCCGGUGUGCCAGCAAUACAUAAAUAUAAACAAAGGAAUAUGGUCUAUUAUUAACAGUUACCUAAAAUUCUGGUCUCUUUUUGAUCCACAGCUAAAACCAUUCAAGCUAAAGAAUAUGACUUUUUUUCUGCUGUAUACAUCAUGUUUUCUGGGGAUUUUUCUUUCUUUGAAGGAGAAGAAUCAAUAAUUUUUAUGUCAGGUAACAUUUGAGGCACAGAUUCAACAGCUUAAGUUAUUAAAGAGACUCAUUCCUGUACUUAAUUUUGACUCUUAAGAUUAUUGGCUAGAUCCAGAUAUUAUUCCUACCUCCUUUUCUGGGGAAAAUGCAAGAGACUUGAGGGGAAAAAUAAUAGGAGUCCUUCCCUGUCUUUAGAUUUCAAUGAUUUGUUAGAAGAAUUGCCAAUGCCUUUGUGUAGAAUAAUGGUGUUCUCUUUCAAGUGCUGAAAGGUAGCAGGAGUCUUAUGUGCUACAUGGGCUUACCAUGGUAAUUACUGAUUUUUAGUGACUGCAAGAAUAAACUCACCUGCUGCAAAGGAGAGGGGGCUUUGGGGAACAGCAGAAAUGAACAAUCUGCUUUAAAAAAGAAAACAAAAAGAAGAUAAACUUAGCACUUUUUUUUUUACAAGUAAUACCUGUGAAACACCCAGCAAAGCACUCAUCACUAUCGUGAUGUAGUCUACCUUAACUAUUGACAGUAGAUGCUCCUUUCACAUAGCAAAAAACUCACCCAACGCCUUCAAAGAGCAGCUUUAUUUGUGAAGGUCAUGAUUCUGGGAACAGAAAGACCUUUCAGCUACCCUCUGAUGAUGGGCGCACCACAUACACAGCACCACUUAUUUACUUAAGCUCCCAAAGGGUGGGUCACUCACAAUAUGAAAUGUCAGCCAAGAAACAGUAGAUUUUUCCUAAAAUACAGCUUUCAGAAACAUGACAGCCUUGGAAUUUUUUCUUUUUUUAAAUCAAGCCCCAUUGUCAGAUUUCAGCUGGAGGAUCUCAUUAGUCAGAUCUUUCCUGGAAUAAUUUUCAGGGUGGAUUAUAAGGACUCACGUUUCUGCUGAAUCGUUUGACCAUCUUUUACUAACUCCCCUUUUUUCCUCCAGUUUUUCAUGGGCCCAUAACCUCUAACCUGUCCCAUUUAAUGGCCUCCUUGCUGGAUUAGAUCUCUAUGAAAUUGUUUGCAAGAAUAUACAUGCCAGAUUCUGGUCUGUUACACCUAAAUGCAAGCUUGCUGAGAUUAGUGGAGAUACAUUUUCUUAUGCCAUAUCUAAAUUCAGCCAUGGAAUUUCUAUCUGAGUUAAAGGAGGUUUGUACAUGGGAUUGUACAAUAACUGUAUUCAUAUGUUAGAGUAUGAAAAACCAUUGGGCAGAUAAGGCCUUUAAAAUGGCAUAAUUUUACUUAACAGCAGUGCGUAAUUGACUGGAAAAAUUAGCUCUCAAGUUCAAACAUAUUUUUUGAUAUCACACUAGUCUGUCGUUUGGUAAUGGGCAAUAUUAGAAAUGUCCUACUGUAAAUACUCUUGUAGAUAAGGAUAACAUUCAUGACAAUCUUCCCGUGUCUGUAGGUACACAUUGAAAUAGCAUGAAAUAUGAAAAUCCGAGGUGGCAGCCAGAAAGCAUUUGGCUAAUCACUUUUCAUGCCCUUGUGUCUAAUCUUCACCAUCAUGAUAGACAAGAAAGAAAAGUAACUGGAGUUAGACUGGUAGUUACUAUUGUAUAUCAAAGCCUCAGAGGUGAUUACUUUUAAUGUGACAUCAGGACUCUGACAUCUCAAUGAUAAUUCAAGAAAUAGUGUAAAUUACACUCAGGUACUUUGACAUUUUGUAAUCCACUGGUUUUACUUUAAAUGUACUUGCCUUCUUGUUCAGUUUCACAGUGACACAAAAUAAACAUGCUUAUUCAGCUCAUGUCUGACUGAAUAAGGAAGAAAUCAAGGACUGCAUCCAAAACCCAUUGAAGCCAAUGGCCUUUGGAUCAGUCACUAAGGGUAGAUCUACACUGCAAAAAAGAGAUACGAUAUUAACUCGGGUUAAACUAGCAGUCAACACAAGGCAACUCAUCUUUUAACUCGGGUUAGCAGGUCAAGUGAAGGCCUAUAGGGGAGCUUAGGGGACUGCUCUACCCGCUGGGCUAUUGGGUAUAAUGUGGGCACCACAGCCUUUUCCUCUACCUUCUGCAAAAAAAAUAUUUUUUUUGCAAGAAAGGGCUGAGCUGAUUUGGGUGCCUAACUCCAGGAGAGGAGUUCAUGGCUUGAGCCCUGUGUGGAGGAAGGCAUCUCUCUCUGGCCAGUGCUUAAAUCCCUUUGAAGGGUGGGAUUUAGGCCACACCCCUGUCCUCAGCAUUUCCUGUUGGCUUGUUGCUAAUCAGGGUACUGGCUUCUGAGAAUCCCUUUUAGGCACGUUACUCUCUCCCUGCAUUGUGCUUAACGUGGGUUUGUGAAUUGCACGAGGCAGCGGGGCACCAAAAAGUUUGGUGUGGUAACACUCAGCAUUACAAUGCCAUGGCCUCCUUCUGAAUCUAAUGCUAAGGUCUGAUCCACUUCCUAUUGAAAUCAAUGGGAAAUUUGCCAUUAGCUUGGAAACAGGACACUGAGACUCCUAAAAGUAAUGUUUCUUCUACAUAGUGUAGUGGUAGGAGAGAGGAUAAUGACUUUAUGAUAAUAAAGCAAGAUGUAAACCCAAUUUAAGGAGCAUAUUGCUUGCGUCAGUGGAAAACAAACCAGUCAGCCUGCAAGGACACCAGAGAGAAAUAAUCACAACAAAUGGAUUCCCACUUUGAAUGUAAAAGGUAGGAGAGCAGCAGUCUGUAAAUAAGAUUUUGAUUAGCCUGCGUUCAUGGUAAUCAGUCUUAAUAGUUUGGCUCUAAGCUAAAAUGUGAAGUCACCUAGAAUUUAAUAAUGUCUUUUGCUGUUUUUGUUUUGUAAUUUUUGCCCUGAAUUAAUGUGCCUGUUUUAAACUUGUUUUUUUUUUAUUAAGUGUAGACUUGGUUAAUGGUAGAGUUGUUUCUUUGUGUUCAUCUUGUACUUUAAAGAGUUACAUUAGAGCUGGGCCAAACAGGUUUAGACAGGUUCUAGUUCCUUUGAGGUUUAGGUACCUGACCAGGAGGUUAAUUCAAACUACUUUCCACACUUAUAACUUCCCUUGAAAUGAAUGGUAAUAACAACUGAGGCUAGUGAAAGAAAGGGAAAUGCCUUGCUAACAUUUAAAAAGGCUUUCAGCUAUUAAAAUAUCAUUUAGAAAAACUCCUGUAUAGUUCCUAAAUCCUCAUCACAUACACCUGUAGGAAGUGCAACUCCAUCAAAUGUUUUGUGGCCUUCUGUGGCUCACUGUGAUUUUCUUGUUUUCAUUCAUAGUCUCUUAGGAACAGCUGUUCACCAACUGAUGUAUCUCUAAAGCUAGAUAGCUACUCAGAAAAAUAAAACAACUCCUGAAUAUGUAACAGAUGUGCAAAACCCAUCCAAUAAGACUAAUUAACCCAAGAUCUAUGAUGUUCCCCGGUAACAGGGCAGAAGACACAUCUAACAGCAGUCUAAGUGAGGAAGGCAGCAUGUUGUGAUAUCAAAAGAAUUUUUUUUUCCAGUUAGCAAGUCUCCCUUCUGGUUUGCAUGCUUUUUGUCUGGGUAUUUCUAUCUUAGCCCAUUUCUGUGAUGUCCCUCUUGCAAAAGUUAUGUGUUAUAUUCAUAUUAAUGUGCCUAUCAUUAAAAAGAAGGCUGAUUCAGGUAUAGUUAUAUAAAUAGAUCAUUUAUAAAUGAAAGCUGCUCUUAGGACACUACUUAGACUAAUGUGAUCCAAUAAGAGCACUAUCUUAAUAAUUUAGUGUCAUACCUAAGGCGGAACCAAGGACACACCUUUUAAAAGCAGAUCCAUUAUUCUUCAAGGCAUAUUAGGAUAGUCAGUUAUGCACAUCCAUACAAUAUGUCUGAGAAGACAUAGAGUUUAAUUCUGCUUGGACAUGCACAGCUCAGUAGGUUUGCACUGGUGCAAAAAUGGAGUGGAAUUUAGCUGAUAUUCUGAAAAUCGGAAACAUACCCUUCAACUACAAUAGGUUUACACCAAUGUAACUGAGAUCAGAAUUUGGCAUUCAGUGCCUUCUAGGUAAUGGAAUAGAAUACAAUAAACUAGAACUACAAUGUCCUGGCCAACAUUUUCAAUCUGAAAAAAACCAGCUCUACUGUCUAACAAGGAGAUAAUGUUGAGUAAAAUGACCACAUGUACCUACACAGCAUCUGUCCUACUAGUGUCGAGCUCAUUAAUGGUAAGUGCUUUGGGAAAUACUGAGUGAGAAAGAUGCUGUAUGAAACCAAAUUAUCCCUUACUCUCUUUGAAAAAGUGCCAUGUGCCAUUUCGUGCCAAAAGAAUGGUAUGUUAAAAGCCUGUUUUUCUGUUCAAGAGUUUAGCCUCAUUCAGUUUAUGCACAUUAGCCAUUUUUCAGAAAUCUGUCCCUUGUAAAGUGGGUCAGAGUGACCUUAAUUAUUUGAGUGAAUUGUGCUCUGCUGGACUUUUCUGUCAAUAGCUGAACAGCAGCCUGGUACAAUAGGAUUCAAUUUUCUCUAGUAUAGUGUAGCAAGCGUACAAAAAGUCUAUGAAAUUGAGUAAUUUUUGUCCAAAUAUCACCACUUCUACUGUAGGGGCCACUGGGAAAACAGUUUUUCAUAUAGACUAAUAAUGAGAUAUGCAAUGGCAAUAUGCGAACUGCUGAAAUGUAAAGAUAGUUUAAACUAAUUGUUGAAGGGAACCAGAUAUGGGCAUUAUAAUGCUCAGAAUAAUCUUAUCCGUCUUGAACUCCUGUUAUUAAAACAGUUCCUUUAUUUUUUUUAAUUUAGAGAAAAGGGGAUCAUAUCCCCUUGGGUGCAGUAAUAUGAAGACCAUUUUAUAAAACAAGAAAGUGGGAUAGAUUAUUUACAUCUUAUUUGUUUAUAGCAAAAGAAUUUAAGCACUAUUUGCCAGGCAUGGCGAUAUGACAUGACUGGCAACUGAAGCACUUUCUUAAAUGAAUUCAAAGAUCUUUAUCAGAAAUGUAAGGAUUUGUUUUGUUUUCCCAUUUAUCUGGUUUUGUGAGAAGGAUAUUUUUGCUGUACAUUUUUGCAGAUGCCUUCUAUAUUAUUCUAAAGUAUGUAAAUUUCACUACAGUAGUAUUUCAAAGAUCCAUUUUGAUAAAAUGAUGUACUUCUGUCAGAGACAUUGUAGAAACUGUGGUGUCUGGUGGAAUUCUUUGCUAUAAUUUUGUUGGCAUUCAAAACACAGGCUGUUGGUGUAUUGAACGUGCAUGUGUUAUAUUUGUCAAUGCAAAAUAAACAUUUAAAAGUUCAGUAGAACAA